AUGGCUUCGAAACCACUCGAAGACGCCAUGAGGGCAAAGCUCAGCGAUGCGCUCAAACCAGAGAAAUUAGAAAUACACAAUGAUUCUCACAUGCACUCGCACCAUAAGGCCAUGGAAGGCAAUACCUCAAAGGAGACCCAUUUCAGAGUGGUUAUAACCUCGGACGCUUUCAAAGCCAAGUCGCAACCCGCAAGACAUCGAAUGGUCUAUACCUUGCUGAAGGAUGAAAUGGCACAAGAAGGAGGGAUCCACGCACUGCAGCUUCGCACACGAACCGUUGACGAAGAUGCUCGACAAGCAACAGAGGAUGUUACCAGCGCAUAA